AUGAAAGAGAUGACUCAAAUAACCUUGCCUCAGAAAAACGACGAAAGAUCAGUAGAAUACGCGGCUAGGAGGUUUCCAGCGAACUCUGACGCGGAGGGUUAUUCCGACGCUAUCGGAAAAAUGUUAUUUACGCAGAGCAGAGGCGAGCUACAGAAGCUCUGUCCUUAUUUACAUGUGAAAUUGGAUAUUGGAAUUGAAGUAUUCUUGCAAUAUAGUACUGCUUCGAAUUUUGGUUUGUGUUUAGAGAAUAUUUCUUUAUGUGAAUACAGAAAAUUAUAUCAUCAACACUACGCCGCAUAUCAGGUGCAUACGAAGUGUUGCGACGUACCAAAAGUGUUAUGGAUUACUAAUGCGAAAGUGAAAAAAGUAACACGUUUCCUGUUUCGUUUUGAGAUGUACGCAACCAAUUCACGACCAGUGUGCAAUAAUAAUUUAUCUGAACAACAACAAGUUAAACUGCAGAAGAUCAAAGAGCUGACGAGAAUUCUAAAGGAUACAGACAAAAAUCUGACUGUUUGCGAAGAAAUAUUGGCAACUUAUAUAAGGAAACGACUAAGGGACAAGCGACAAGAAAUGCAAAGACGCAGUGAAUUGGAACACAAAAUGACGGAAAUUCUCGAAAAUUUGAAAACCCGGCUGCUGGUCGAGUAAUUCCUAUCAAGAUGUAUACUUAUACGUUUUCUGAUUUAAUUUUGUAAUAAGUAAUGAGUUCACUGCAUGAGUAUAUUAUUGAGAUUAAGUACCUAAAUUAUUAAUACUGAAUUACCGAGUUAGCAACGUGCUAUAAGAAAUACAUAAUACGUACAAAGAUAAAUCACUUACCAACUUUUUGUCCUCCUGUGUUGUAAUUCAUAUCUAGAAUGACUAGAACUUAUUCACUUAGUUCACUUAUCACAUAAUUGAAACUAUAUCACUAAUUUAUUCGAUUUUAUUUAAGGAAAUUGUAAUUUUAAUUUACGACGUGCAGGGGA